GGAAGGGAGGGUGAAGUUUGGGGUAAGGGAUGGAAACAAGCUAGGGACAAGGUUCCAGAGGGAAUUGUGGUCGGGGACCGGGUGGGCUCAUUUUGCACGGUAGGGCAAAAGCAAGAGGAGCUUGGGAUGGGGUGGGCGUGCUCGGAAAAGACAGGGUUUUAACCCCAGGCAGAAAGCCGGCCACGCCCCUCCAGGUGAGCCCGCCUAGGUACCCCGACAGUCUCUGCUUCAGCCCUCCCUGUCUCCGCACUUCAGCAGUCACCCUGCUCUCCACCUCUGUUGGGGCUGGGGAAAGGCGGAAAAGGUAAAGGAUGCCAUCCGCGCGGUGCACCCCGCCGCGCUCCAGGGAUGUUUGCUUGCAGCUCCCAGGUGGUCAUUCUCCCUGAACCUGCGGAGCUAGCUCCCUGGCACAUGAAAACGGAAGGAACCUAUUUCUAUCCUCGUCCUGGGCUCUCCCGAGGCCACUCCACAGUCUCUACUGUCUCGCCUCUUUAAACGGGUUUUUGACAGUUUUGUCAUGACGGUCUCCCUUCUUAAACGGGUUUUUGGUUUGGGAUAAAACAGUGUCUUCAUUUAUUUCCCUGUCCCCACUCCCCAAACUAGUCCGUGCUGGUGUGGUGGGGUAGGGAGUGAAGUACAACUCUGACACUAUCACACUGUAAUUCCACAGUAGCCUGAGAGAAAGGCCAGAGACCUGGCAUUUCCAACCACUUUCCCUCACUUCCCCUGAUGGGAAACGUGCUUUACCUGAUCUUUGCCCAUGCAGGUGGCUGGCUAUUCUUGAUCACUUCUGUUCCAGUUGGUCCCAUAUUCGCUGUUGGAGUGCUAGAUGGAGCCUUUCUCUGUCCUCUGUGACAUUUCCAAUUUUAGAUAAUGCCUCACAUCUCUGCCCCUCUGGGACCCCCUGGAGCCCCCAUGAUCUGGAGGAAGACAAUUUGAAUCUAGACCUCACCUCAGGAUGUUGCGGAGGCUGCUGGAGCGGCCCUGCACACUGGCCCUGCUUGUGGGUUCCCAGCUGGCCGUCAUGAUGUACUUGUCACUAGGGGGCUUCCGGAGCCUUAGUGCCCUAUUUGGCCGGGACCAGGGGCCUACUUUUGACUAUUCUCACCCCCGAGAUGUCUACAGUAACCUCAGUCAUCUGCCUGGGGCCCCUGUAGCUCCAGGGGGUCCUUCAGCUCCUCAAGGCCUACCCUACUGUCCUGAAAGAUCUCCUCUCUUAGUGGGCCCCGUGUCGGUGUCCUUUAGCCCAGUACCAUCGAUAGCAGAGAUUGUGGAGCGGAAUCCUCGGGUAGAACCUGGAGGCAGGUACCGCCCAGCAGGGUGUGAGCCCCGCUCCCGGACAGCCAUCAUUGUGCCCCAUCGUGCCCGGGAGCACCACCUACGCCUGCUGCUCUACCACCUGCACCCCUUCCUGCAACGCCAGCAGCUUGCUUAUGGAAUCUAUGUCAUCCACCAGGCUGGAAAUGGAACAUUUAACAGGGCAAAACUGCUCAAUGUUGGGGUGCGGGAAGCACUGCGUGAUGAAGAGUGGGACUGCCUGUUCUUGCAUGAUGUGGACCUCCUGCCAGAAAAUGACCACAAUCUCUAUGUGUGUGACCCUCGAGGACCCCGCCAUGUUGCUGUUGCCAUGAACAAGUUUGGAUACAGCCUCCCGUACCCCCAGUACUUCGGAGGAGUCUCAGCCCUCACUCCUGACCAGUACCUGAAGAUGAAUGGCUUCCCAAAUGAAUACUGGGGCUGGGGUGGUGAGGAUGACGACAUAGCUACCAGGGUGCGCCUGGCUGGGAUGAAGAUCUCUCGGCCCCCCACAUCUGUGGGACACUAUAAGAUGGUAAAGCAUCGAGGAGAUAAGGGCAACGAGGAAAAUCCCCACAGAUUUGACCUCCUGGUCCGUACUCAAAACUCCUGGACUCAAGAUGGGAUGAACUCACUGACAUACCGACUGCUGGCUCGAGAACUGGGUCCUCUCUAUACCAACGUCACAGCAGACAUUGGGACUGAUCCUCGGGGUCCCCGGGCUCCUCCUGGUCCCCGCUACCCACCUGGUUCUUCCCAGGCCUUCCGUCAAGAGAUGCUGCAGCGCCGGCCCCCAGUUAGGCCUGGCCCUCUGCCUACUGCCAACCACACAGCCCGCCGUGGUCCACACUGACUCCUCCUUGCCCACCUUAAUCAUGAAACUGAAUCAGAAGGGUUGUAUUCUCCCUACCCUCAGCUCCUCACUGCUCUUAGAGGGAUGUGGGGGAAUUGAACUCUAGUGCUAUGUUGGGGGGCAGGGGCCUUCCUUACUGCUAGAAUGGAGCUGGGCUCCUCUAGACCUGGAGGUCCCUCUUUCUAGGGUCACCUGCCAGGGCUUAUGACUGUGAAUCCUUGAUGUCAUACUUUUAUGUGACAACUCCUGGGAGUCCCCUGCCUCUGGGGUAGGAGCAGGGCUGGACCCCAAGUCCCUUCCUCUUCCAUGGUGACCACUCUCUUCCAAGAGUGAUCUGGCUUCUCCUGGGACCUCUGUGAAUAUUUAUUCUAUUUAUGGUUUCCAGGAAGCUGUUUGGUGAAGGAAGCCCCUCCCUGGGCACUUUCUGCCAGUGCUGGAGUAGCUCCCUUUUCUGGUCCUGGCUCAGGGGGCUGGGAUUUUGAUAUAUUUUCUAAUAAAGGACUUUGUCUCGCUUCUG